AUGCAUCACCACCACCAUCAAAAUGGUUCCUUGGAACGCAGAGCUCAAGCUUCCAACGGAGACAUUGCUACUAACGGCAGCAAUGGUGUUGUUGGUGCUUCCAAUUCCAUAACCAGACUUAUCGGAAACCCUAAAAUUGAUCACAUGCCUGAUAAUUAUGAAGAUCUUCCUUUGGAUUUCAACCCUCUUGUCCUCACUUCACUCGAGAGACAUCUUCCUUCUCAUAUUCUUAACCUAUCUAGAGACCUCAAAGCUCACUACAUGUCCAACAUUCUACUCCGUUAUUUGCCUCAUAGCGAACGCAUUAGGAUGCAAAAGCAGAAGGAAUACAGGCAAAAAAUCAUAUUACAUUAUCCUCCGCUUCAUAAGGAGAUGUAUACUAUGCUCAGUGAAAACUUUUUUGCACCCUCAUUUCUCAGAGCUAUUAAAGAAAAUACAGAAGCGGGUUUCAGAAGUAUAAUGGCAGAACCCUCCAGAGGAAUUUAUACGUUUGAAAUAUUUCAACCACAUUUUUGUGAAAUGUUGGUAUCCGAGGUAGAUCAUUUUGAAAGAUGGGUCCAUGAGACCAAAUUCAGAAUCAUGCGACCUAAUACAAUGAAUCAAUAUGGUGCUGUUCUUGAUGAUUUUGGCCUGGGAACCAUGAUGGAUAAAUUGAUGAAUGAUUUCAUACGUCCUAUAGCUCGAGUUUUCUUUUCUGAAAUUGGUGGAUCCACACUGGACUCUCAUCAUGGUUUUGUUGUUGAAUAUGGAACCAAUAGAGAUGUGGAACUUGGGUUCCACGUGGAUGAUGCAGAAGUCACCUUAAAUAUUUGCCUGGGAACACAAUUUUCAGGUGGAGAACUAUUCUUCCGAGGUGUUCGAUGUGAUGAACACGUGAAUACAGAGACCCAAUCAGGGGAGAUAUUCGAUUAUCCUCAUGUUCCAGGACAUGCAGUCCUUCAUUCUGGUCGCCACCGUCAUGGUGCUAGACCUACAAUAUCUGGGAAUCGGAUCAAUUUAAUUCUAUGGUGUAGAAGUUCGGCGUUUAGAGAGAUCAAGAAAUACCAAAGAGAAUUUCCUAGCUGGUGUGGAGAAUGUAAACGCAAGAAGAAGGAGAGAGAGCGUAUUGCAGUUUAUGCCACCAAAGCGGAAUUACUGAAAAGGGAGCUUAAAUCAGCCACAUGA